AUGCAAGAAAGUGAAUGUUUACACAAUGAACCGUUAUCUAAUGAUUAUCAUUUGGAAUAUUUGGAUGAAUUUUUACAACUAAGAUGUGCUCCAGAUUUGAUCACAAUGGGUUUAUUUCCCAAUUCUAAAGAGAUUACAGAAACAUUUGCUGUUUGGUCAGCAUUAAGGCGACACAUUUUCCCACAAUUAUCAACAUCUAUAUCUUCAACUGACAAUCGGCAAAAUGCAAUCAUUGUUGUUGGUGAUGGUAUGACACCUCGUACAGCUGCUCUAUGUGCAUUUUUAACAAAAGGAUUAUGGCAAUGUUAUAGUAUUGAUCCAAUGCUCCAAUAUGAUACCUAUGCUGAUAUGACGUUUAUUAAUCGACGAAGUAUUACAACAGCUGAUCAUUGUAAAGAAUGGAAAAGUAUUAAAGGUUUACGAAUGGCACGUGCUAAAAUUCAAACAGUAUCUAUACAAUGUCGAAAUGCAAUUGUCGUUAUGAUGCAUGCUCAUGUUGCUAUUGAAGAUGCCAUAGCAGCUGUAGAUGCAUCAGAAGGUAUUAUUGGUAUUGUAACAUGUCCAUGCUGUAAAUGGGCACCUUAUCAGCAAGAAUGGCUCGGACAAGCACCACAUCAUCAAUAUACAGAUUUAAGAUUAUUAAGUGUCAAGAAUAAAAUGAAUGUAUGGUAUUUUCCACAAGGUUGUCAUAGUAAAUUACCUAAUAUCUCAGUUAAUUCAAUCAGUAGUACAAUGACUGAACAUAAGCAACUUCCAAGUGAACGCAAUAUAUGGGGCAUAGAUACAAGUAUGAUUGAAAAUGUAUUAUCUACUCGUGAUGGAGUAAAACAACGAGCUAUUGAAUUAUGGCCACAAAUAUUUUCAAAAGGCAUUGAAGCAUUCAAUGUUACUGAUGUAAAUCAAUUAUCAGAUACAUGGCCAUGGGCAUCAACAACAUGGUCACCUAAAGAUAUAUUACCAUUUAUGAAAUCAUGUAGUGCUAAGUCAACAUCAUCGUCAUCAUCAUCAUCAGAUGAUGUAUCAUUAUUACCUUCAUGGUUUAGAAAACCUGUUUUACUCGUCGGAACAAUUGCAGCUAUGCGACGAUGCAAACAUACAAUUUUUUAUGAAUUAAAUACUUGUGCCAUACCUUCAGAAGAACUUGAAGAUAUUCUACGACUUACCUGCCAUACAUUAUCUACGAUAAAUAUCUUUGAAGAAAAAAUACAUGCAUCAAACGAUACAUUUCCUGCAUUAUUAAAAUCUGCUGAUCGUAUGUGGACAUGUGUCGAAUAUCAACGACAUCUUCAAGCUGUUGCUGCUUAUGAUCCGACAGUGGAACGAAAAACAAAAAAUCGAAAUUUACAAACAACAACUACUAAUGAUAUUACACAAUCACCGAAUAUUGAUCGUGUCAACGUAAUACUUUCUUUAUUAUCUUAUGAACGUAAAACUCCAUCUACUGUUGAACAUACGACUAUUUCUACACUUUCACAAAUAAAAGAUCAUCCAAAAGUGAAAUUAUUCGAUCAUAAUCCACAACCACGACAAUCAUUAUUUCCUUGGGCUAUGUAUUUACGACCUGGUGAUAUUUUAGUUGCAUAUUGUGAAUUAGGACGUAAUGCAUCACAAGGACCACAGUUAUGUUUAAUUGAUGGAAUUUUAUUAUUUGAUAGUAUGUUACAUAUGAUUGGCGUUGAUCGUCGAAUUCUACAAUAA